AUGCCUACUGGUAUCAAUAGAUCUACGAUGACCAAAAUAUCGAGUGCUCAACCUUGGAAUACCGACUACCCCAACUCUGCUCCUCGCCACCUGCUCAGUAAAGGAGAUGGAGACGAGCACGAGCACGAGCACUAUUCAGCCGACGACCCUGAGACUCUGAGUCCAGUAGACAGCGAUGAAUCUGAAUUCGAUGAAGUUUGGCACGAGGCAGCGGAGAAUACUGACAUACUAACGUCAACAGAUGAGUCCGAGUUCGAGUCCGACAACGACAACGACAACGACAUCUUCAUGGACGCGUUUGAAUACAUCGCCGACGACGAAUGUUCGUCUCCGGGCCCAGACUCUCGGCCAGCGACGCCGUUCCUUGAUUUGAAACACCCCGAGUGGCUGGAUAUUGUGGAUGGUGUCGAUGCGGGCAGAGUAUGUCAGCCUGUAGAGAGGGUUUAUCCUCAUUAUCGUGCGCGUACGAGUCCCGGGGAGCGAGGUUUAGUUCAUGUGUCCACGGGGGAAUUUAGUGUGUUUGGGUUCGUGGUUAAUAACGACAUAGACUCGGAUGUAAUCCCGGGCGAAGCUUCUGUCAAUGAAGAUAGCGAAGGAAGUCAUAUUUGUUCGGAUUAA